AAGGAGGCCCGUGUGGCUGUCAGCGUGUCACCAUCCGAAUAACAGAGAACUGAGUGUGUGUUGUGGAAGUGCCUGACGCGCUGCCCACUUUUGCCUCGGUUUGCUACAGUUUUAACACGAGGCGCGCGCAGCGAAGCCCGCCGCAGCCCCGCCCCGCACCGCACGCGACCACAGGUUCCCCUGACGCGGUCAGCUGAUCCGGGAGCCAUUUUGUGAGCCGCUUCUGAGCCGCGUCCCGCACAGCGCGUCUCCGUGCGGAGGCAGCGGGAGGAGCGCCCGUCUGCGAAAGGUGUGAGUGGGGACUGCGCUCCGUCCCGCCUCGCCUCGCCUCGCCUCGCCGUCCCGCUCGGCGGCGCGCUGUGCCGCAGCCAUGGCUCUGAAGAUGGUAAAGGGAAGCAUCGACCGCAUCUUCGACAAGAACCUGCAGGACCUCGUUCGCGGCGUCAGGAGCCACAGGGAGGACGAGGCCAAGUACAUCUCCAGCUGUAUCGAUGAAAUCAAGCAGGAACUCAAGCAGGACAACAUUGCGGUCAAAGCCAACGCCGUCUGCAAACUCACCUAUUUGCAGAUGCUUGGUUAUGACAUCAGCUGGGCUGCAUUCAACAUUGUGGAGGUCAUGAGUUCCUCCAAGUUCACAUACAAGAGAAUCGGUUACCUGGCCGCCUCCCAGUGUUUCCAUGAUGGCACAGAUGUCAUCAUGUUGACCACCAAUCAGAUCCGCAAGGACCUGAGCAGCCCAAACCAGUACGACACUGGGGUAGCCCUCACUGGACUCUCCUGCUUUGUGACCCCUGAUCUUGCUCGUGACCUGGCCAAUGACAUCAUGACCCUGAUGUCGCACACAAAGCCAUACAUCCGCAAGAAGGCGGUGCUCAUCAUGUACAAGGUAUUCCUGAAGUACCCUGAGUCGCUGCGGCCAGCUUUCCCACGACUAAAGGAGAAGCUUGAUGACCCUGACCCCGGGGUGCAGUCUGCGGCGGUGAAUGUGAUCUGUGAGCUGGCCAGGAGAAACCCCAGAAACUACCUGUCUCUCGCACCCCUCUUCUUCAAACUCAUGACCUCCUCCACCAACAACUGGGUCCUCAUCAAGAUCAUAAAGCUUUUUGGUGCCCUCACGCCCUUGGAGCCCCGGCUGGGGAAGAAGCUGAUUGAGCCGCUGACCAACCUGAUCCACAGCACCUCGGCCAUGUCCUUGCUGUACGAGUGCGUCAACACUGUGAUUGCAGUGCUGAUCUCCCUGUCCUCUGGGAUGCCCAACCACAGCGCCAGCAUCCAGCUGUGUGUACAGAAGCUUCGGAUCCUAAUCGAGGACUCGGAUCAGAACUUGAAGUACCUAGGUCUGCUGGCCAUGUCAAAAAUCCUGAAGACUCACCCCAAGUCUGUUCAGUCCCACAAAGACCUUGUUCUCCAGUGUUUGGACGACAAGGAUGAGUCUAUCCGUCUGCGGGCGCUGGACCUGCUCUACGGCAUGGUUUCCAAGAAGAACCUGAUGGAGAUUGUGAAGAAGCUGAUGGUGCACGUGGACAAGGCUGAGGGGACCACGUAUCGUGAUGAGCUCCUCACCAAGAUCAUUGAUAUAUGCAGCCAAAGCAACUACCAGUACAUCACCAACUUUGAGUGGUAUAUCAGCAUCCUUGUGGAGCUGACCCGGCUGGAGGGCACCCGGCACGGCCAUCUGAUUGCUUCUCAGAUGCUGGAUGUGGCUGUGCGUGUGAAGGCCAUCAGGGGCUUCGCUGUGGUGCAAAUGGCCACGCUGCUGGACAACACCACCCUGCUGGCGGGCAGCGGCCAGCACAAGAGCAUCUGCGAGGUUCUCUACGCUGCUGCCUGGAUAUGUGGGGAGUUCUCUGAACACCUUGAAGACCCUGUGCACACCCUGGAGGCCAUGCUACGGCCUAAAGUGGCCACUCUCCCCGGACACAUCCAGGCCAUCUACAUUCAGAAUGCUGCCAAGCUGUUUGCAGCAGUUCUAAAUGGCCAGCAGGGGACGCCAGACUGCCAGACUAUGCAGGAGAGCAGCCAGCUGCUCAUUGACAGACUGCCGCUCUUUGUGCAGAGUGCAGACCUGGAGGUGCAGGAAAGGGCAUCCUGCAUCCUGCAACUGGUGAAGUUCAUCCAGAAACUGCAACAUAAGGAGGUGGAGGUGGGAGAGGAGGUGACGGCCCUGUUUGCUGGGGAGCUCAACCCUGUGGCCCCCAAAGCUCAGAAGAAAGUGCCUGUUCCAGAUGGGCUGGAUCUGGAUGCCUGGAUUAACGAGCCACCAUCGGAGAGCGAGUCUGAGGAUGAGAAGCCUGUAGCUGUGUUUGCUGAGGAAGAGCUGCGCCACGCCCGCCCACACCACACUGAGGUGGACGAGAAAGAGCUAGCCAGGCGGAGGGAGGCAAGGAAGCAGGAACAGGCCAACAAUCCCUUCUACAUCAAGGCCUCUCCGACCUCCCAGAAGGGAUACCAGGACAGCACAGGGGUAGAACAUAUUCCCGUAGUCCAGAUUGACCUCAGCGUGCCUCUGAAAGUCCCAGGGAUGUCCACUUCUGACAAGUAUUUAAAGCUGGAGGAAGAGCGGCGGCAGCGAGAGCGAAAAGAGCGGGGCAAGAAAGAGAAGAAGAAGAAAAAGAAGCGGGAAAAGCGAAGUGGGAUGGGCCGGCGGCAUGAUUCCGGCCCCGAGAGCGAGGAGGACAUUGCUCCCGCUCACAUGGUGGACAUUGUCACUGAGGAGAUGCCAGAGAACGCCUUAUCAAGUGAUGACGACGAGAAGGACCCCAACGAUCCAUACCGAGCGCUUGACGUUGACCUAGACAAGCUGGGCACAGGAAAUCCUCAAAGGCCCCUGGCUGACAGUGAGAAACUGCCUGUCAGAGCUCACCGGCCCACAAACAUCCUCAAAAGCCCUGCAGAUGAUGGUGAGGUGCAGGAGGUUCCCAAGGAACCCAAGAAAAAGAGCAAGAAAGAGAAGCGAGACAAAGAGGAGGAGAGAAAGAAAAGCAAGGAAGAAAAGCAAAGGAGAAAGCACCACCAUGAGGCCAGGAAAGGGCCUGAGGGGGGACCACCUACAGGGGAGCCCAUCCAGUCAUCUUACAAUGCUGAGCUGGAACCAGCCCUGCCUACAGCUGCACCAGUUGAAGCUUCAGAUCCGGAUUUCUGGUUGUCCAGCACACUCCUGUCCUCCAAGAGUCAGGAGACAACUGAAGCCACCCCAGGUCCUAUCCCUGAGAAAGCAGCUGACGUUGGCCCAGGAUCCGAGCCAGAGAAUACUAAAUCUUCCAAACAUAAGAAGAAAAAGCAGAAAAAGGACAAGGAAAAGGAGGAGAAAAAGAGGAAGAAGCAACACGGUCACUCUGGUGACAGGGAGGGGGAGGAGUCUGUUCAGAAUGGCACCCUGGAGGAAGAGCCGUUGCCGCCCAUGUCCAACUACUCGCUGCUGGCUGAGAAUUCCUACGUCAAGAUGGUGUGUGACAUUCAGGGAAACCUGCAGAAUGGCAGCCAGGUAGUGGUGUCUAUCAUCUUUGAGAACAAGAGCACCAGUUUCCUAAAGUCCAUGGAGUUCAAUGUGCUGGACUCCCUCAACUCCAAGCUGCAGCGGCCUGAGGGGUCAGGGCCUCACGAUGGCCUCACCGUUCCUUUUCAGCUUCCCCCAGGGGUCUCCAACGAGGCACGCUUCAUCUUCUCCGUACAGAGCAUUGUCAUGCCACAGAGGCUGAAAGGAACCCUUACCUUCAUCGUGAAGGCUGAUGACAGUUCAACUCACGAGAAGCUGGACUUCAAGCUCCACUUCACCUGUUCUUCAUACCUGAUCACCACGCCCUGCUACAGUGACACUUUUGCCAAGCUCUUGGAGUCAGCUGACCUGAAGGGGACCUCAGUGAGGCUGCAGGAGGUCAGCCUUCCCUUUCACCACCUGCUGGCCAAGAUCUGCUUCCAUCACCACUUCUCUGUUGUGGAGAGAAUCGACUCAUGCGCCUCGCUGUACAGCAGGUCCAUCCAGGGACACCAUGUCUGUCUACUGGUGAAAUACGCUCAUCAGACUGUGACGAUUGAUGCUAAGUGCGAUGAGUCAUCUUUGCUCGGGAAUGUGCUGGAGGAGAUCAAGAAGACCUUCUCUCAGUCCUGAUUGCGGCUGUCAACAUCCACCAUGCCACUCAAACAUAUACAUGCGCGCGCGCGCACGCACACACCCACCCACAAACAUUGUUUUUACUGGGUACUUCCUUGAGCGGGGCACCCCCUCCCUGUGUAGCCCCACUUUCAUAUGUUGUAUGAUUGUGGCCAUUGCCCUGUUCUCUACCUCUCCAGUUUUGUGGUGUAAUAUCAUUCCAGCUGCAUGUCAUUGUGUGUCUAACAUCUGUACAGCUGCAGUGUUUGCACAUCACUUAGUUUUGAGUCUGUCAGUUUUCAACCACUUUGCCUUUCUGAACCCUUCCAUGAAAGGGGUUUUGUUUGGGGUGCCUUUUUUUUUUGUGUGGGUGUUUUGGAUUUGUUUGUGGCCUUCACACUUUUGAGUGUCAUUGUCUGGUUGUCUCCUGUUCUCCUGUUGUGACUUAGUGGAUGAGACUUCCUGGGCUGAGUUUACCACUCUUUACUAACUCAUUGCUUUUCAUCCCAUGAGUCCUACUGUUUCAUGGUCCCGCCGUGCUGUGUCCCUCACAUCUAACCAAUACAGUCAGCUCCGAUAAUUACAGACAAUGUCUUUGUAGUGAAAUGCCAAGCCUUAAAAGGGCUCUUUGUACAAAAUUUUAAACUGGGUUCCUCCUAGUAAGGGUAAGGAGAACAUUUAGGAGAAACUGUACCACACCUCCCUAAAAUGUGACCUGGAAGAGCUGCCCCUAAGGGCCACUGCUGAACUGAGCUUCUGGCUGUGGAAAUCUGGAUGGGAGUAGAGUGCUCGUGGUUAGUGCUCCCUGCUCUCCCUCAGGACCCUUAGAGGAGUUCAGCCCUGAACCACCUUGGCUGCCCCAUAGCAGCUGAUCCCUGUCCUGCUAUCCUCUUAAGGGUCCUGUAGUGCCUGUUGCCCAUGAGCUUUAGCUACUGGUUGAAAAUAGGUCUUUGGUGUGAUGCAGAUUAAAGCUGUAAGAAUAGAAGGGGGCUUGACAGUAGCAUUCAGGUGAGCUUGUAAGAUCAGCUACUGAUUCAAGGGAACCUGAACUUUGUAGUUCAAACUGUGUUUAGUCAGUAUUGUUAUCCUGUGUUAUUCCAUAGUUGUACGCCUGGUGCUUUUUCCAGCUCCAUAACACGAAAAGCAACAUUGCUGAAGCUUCCUUAGCUCUAAGCUAUGUGAGGAGAAGGGUAGAGAAAGAUGAUGUGUCUGUACCAUGGGUCUUUUCUGGUCUUAGCUUGCCUUGCUUUGGACUUUGUGUUUACACUUGGUCUGGUGUGGUCGUGUCUUGCCUUCUUUUGAACGGGCAUGUCCUUCUGCUGUUGGUCUGGUCUGCUUUGGGCUUGCCUUCUACUUGCACGUGUGCGCUGUGGUUCCUUUCUGUCUUUCUGUACACUAGUGUUGUAAGAGGCCAUUUGCAGUACUGCACCCUAUAGUGUGAAAUGUUUAUUCUUGUUCCUUCUUCAGUUGGACAUCCCUGCACUGACAUCCCAGUCCUGUGGAGGCUAGUUUUAGAUGGUCUUCAUCUCCUUUGACUGAAGGAAAUCCCCAAAGCCAGAUCUGGCCUACACUACAGCACAUCUCAACUGGCGCUUCUCAGUGUUUCAGACUCCAGUUGUUGUUGUUUCUGUGCUAGCAGCCACAUUUACAUACACAUUUGUAUUUAAGAAGCUUUUCUCAAAAGUCAAGUACAGCGCUGUAUACCAUAGGUUGACUUUUUUUAAAAUGUGCUGUACCACCCUUUGGAAGUAGUGACAGAAGUUCCCUGACAGUAAUCAAUUAGUCUUUUAUGGAUUUACUAGUUAUAUUCUAUCUUUACACAAAAAAAUCAAAGGUCUGAAUUUAUAAGCUAGGACAAAAUAACAUGAAGAUGAAUGUAGACAUUUCAUUUCCUAUCUCUGUGAUCAUAAAAUGCACACAAAUCAACUUUAAUUUCCCAUGUUUUUUUUUUAAAAAAAAAAAAAAUGAAUGUCCCAUGGUGACAUUAAGGAACAGGGGCUCCAGUUCAAUUCAACACCUUCCAACUGCUGUUCUAGUGCUAUUGAGUAAAAUGUACCUGCUGUUUUGUUUCCUCCAGUACAUUGUGUUGAAUAGCAGUGAUGGUGAAUUUUAAGGUUGCUCCAGCUGUUCGAUAUAUUCAGAAUCUGUCUAUAAAAACUUCCUCCUGUGAUUAUUUCCUAUUUUUUUAGAUGUGGUGUAAGAUAAUUAUUUCAAAUGGAAUUAAUCAAAAGGUUUGCUAUAUACAGUACUAAUAAUAAAUGUAAAUUAUUUUUGUCUGGUUAUGAAAA